AUGGCCCGGACCCGAGGUCGCGGAAGGCCACAAAUCUUCCGCCUGCCGUCCGAGCUGCACUAUCAGAUCUUGAUGGAGCUGGACUCCGUGAGCGACCUCCGCGCCUGGGUUUCGACGUCUCAUAUUGCUUUCGAGCACUUCCUCGAGUAUAAGGCGACCGUUCUCGACCUGCACAUCAACGACUACGUGCUCCCGGAGGCGCUGACCGUCGUCCGCCUCCGCCGGAUCCAUGAAGAGUCUACGAAGCCUGCAAAGGCCAGAGACCUCGUCAAUCUGACCUGCAAACUCUUGGAGAGCAUGGAACCGCUAGCUCCUAUUUCUGCGCUUUUGCCCGGGGACUCCUACACAAGCGUGGCCCUGCUCGAGCUCAUCGAAGAUGUGAGCCUGAUCGAAUCUGGCAUAACGCAGUGCCAGAGCCACCCCACACUCUCGGCCGGUUCCGCGCCGUGUUCGCAACCGGGCUGUCGGACUGGCUGGGUAUGGACUGACUCAUAUUCGGAUGAGAGGUACAGCGACAAGUGGUAUCAGCGACCAAUCCUUGUGUUCGAACUAUACGCCCAGUGCCUCUAUCGCAACUACGAGGUCUACGAAGCUGGGGAAGAGCAGGAGCUAUACGACCGUCUUGGCAAAAUGAUCGAGGCAAGGGCGGACCCCUAUCUUGGAUGCCCCAAGAGAAAUUUGUCCAAUUUUAACCAGGUUGUCGAGUUCGUUUGCCGCAGAAACGACGACUACCUACAACUCGCCUUGCGACAGGUGGUUCGCAUAUAUAAGAUUAGCGGGGAGCAUUCCUUGAAGCCGCACAUCACGGUGAAGGAAUCAGCUCAGAACUUGCGAGAGGCGGUCGACGACCCGAUUGUGUGUUCGCGCUCAACCCGUCUCUUCUGGGCCAACGAAGACAAGAUGAGGGAAAUACAGAUGCUGGACAAACCUGCCAUUGAUCUGAUGAGACGAAACAAAGACAGCAAUGUCAGCGUUGCACACGUAGGUACCUGGCAUGCGGCGUCAGGCGAUGUCCCAGUCUACCGGCUGGCUUGUCCUGAGUGGGAAAACGCAGUCUGGAACGGGUAUCCCCGCGAGUUUCUCUACAAAAAGGACCGCGAUGGGUUCACGGCCGUGGCCUCGCUGCUGCUACUCAGGGAGCGAAAGGGAUGGACCCCGGUGGACGACAUCUACAAUCUGUGGCGGAUGGCCGCGGGCGGGAUCCGCCCCCUGGCCCGGCUGAUGCGGAUGACCCCGCCGGAGAGACAACAACAAAUUCUCAACCAUUACGUGCGACCUGCCUCCGAGGUGCGAGGCAGGAUCAAAGACGAUCUAAAGUGGCGGUCCUGGCACGAUCCGUUUCUGAGAAAGCACGUCAUCAGACUGUACUCAGGAAUCCGGUUUUUCCUACCGGAGCUUUGCCAGUGGCUAUCCCGCCACUUUGUCAACUAG